AUGAAAGAACCCCGGAUUUUCCCUAGAGAGCGGCCAACUCCUUGGACUCGUGCUCCCCUGCCACCUCGAGGACGGCUCGACAGUUCCCUGGGACCACAGGGGGGUCCUGGUCUGAACACUGGCCACCCACUGGGCAUGAACUCGGAUCCCUUCCUUAUGGCAGCCGGUUCCCUUGGUGGAAAUCUGGCCCCGUUUCCACGGAACCCAUCUGCUUUUCCAAGUUCAUCAAGCGCGCUAGCUUCAAAUUCAGCACCUUUCUCUGCUGGGGCUCGAGACCCAGGCAUGGCUGCUUUUCCCAGAGGAAUGCAUUCUGCCGGCACGGGCACGGGGUCUUUCUCACGGCCAGGUGGCCUCCUGGGUCCCGGCCCAGGGUCGGCGCUGAAUCCUAGAGCCGGGGCUCUUCAAGGCCCAGGACCUAUGUCUAAUCAGAGACUAGGGGGUCUCUCAGGGCCAGGGCCUAUGUCUAACCCAAGAUCGGGUGGUCUCCUGGGUGCUGGGCCCGACCCUAGAAGUGGGGGUCCCAUGGGCCCUGGAUCAGGACCCAACUUGAGAUCCGGUGGCAUGUUGAGUUCUGGGAACGGCCCUCCCAAUGCUCGGCCUGUUGGUCUGGGUCCUGGACCAAAUCCUAAUAUGAGAUCAGGCUUUGGUGGUACAAACCCUGCCCCAAGGUCAGGUAUGUUUCCAGGCCCAGGUCUUGGACCCACCCCAAGGGCAGGUGGCUUGGGCCCAGGCCUCGGGCCCAACCCCAGGGGAGGUGGCCUGGGCCCAGGCCCUAAUCUGGACAACAGAGCGGGUGGCCUCUUGGGCACAGGGUCUGGUCUUAACUUGAGAAUGACUGGCCCUCAGGGCCUGGAUCUCGCCCCAAUUCUGAGAGCAGCAGGUCUUUUAGGAGCAAAUUCGGCUUCUUUCUCACAGGCUUCUGGAAACAUGGGCACAAACCCAUCCUCCAUGGCAAGAGUACCGGGUCCCAUAGGCCCAAACUCUGGGCCUGGUUCUCGGGGAAUGGGCCUUUCAGGGCCAAAUCCAUCUCCCAUGUCAAGGGCUCCUGGCCCCAUGGCUCCUAACUCAGCUCAUUUCUCCAGGCCAACUGGCCCGAUGGGAAUAAAUGCGAAUCCCUUUCCAAGAGGGACAGGUCCAGGGGGACUGAACCCAAGUACCUUCUCGCAGUCUUCUGGAUCAUUGGCUUCAAACCCAGCUACUUUCCAAAGGUCUACUGGCCUCCAGGGCUCCAGUUCAGCAAUGUUCCCAAGAGCUUCUGGGCCAAUAGGCCCUAGUCCAGCUAAUUUCACAAGGGCCACUGGCUUACAAGGUCCAAGUCCAGCUACCUUCCCAAGGUCUAGUGGCCCACUGGGCCCUGGUCAAGUUACUUUCCCCAGGUCAGCUCCUGGGCCCCUGGGCUCUACUGCAGGCCCAAUGGGUAUGAACCCUUCUCCUUUUGCAAGACCAACUGGGUCCAUGGGUCUCAACCAGACUUCCUUCCCGAGGAUGAAUGGCCCUGUAGGGAAGACUAUGGUCCCGUUUCCUAGAGUGGGGGGCCUCCCUGGCACAAACCCGGCUGCGUUCUCCAGACCAGGGGGUGCAAUGUCUGCAAUGUAUCCAAAUGGAAUGUUACCCCCUUAAACAGCAUUUCCU